GCCCUGGGGGCCCCCCCCGACGCGGGGGGCCCCCCGGGGGCCCCCCCGGGGGCCCCCCCGGGGGCCCCCCUGGGGGCCCCCCCCGCCUCCCAGGGCCCCCUGGGGGCCCCCCCGGGGGCCCCCCUGGGGGCCCCCCUGGCCGCGGGGGGCCCCCCGGGGGCCCCCCCGGGGGCCCCCCCGGGGGCCCCCCUGGGGGAGUGGGGCGGGGAAGUGGACUUGGGGGCCCUGCAGAUGCUGGGGGGCCUUUUAGUACCCUUAUUGGUGCUUUGUUUUUUUGCUGCUGGGGCCCUGCGGCUGCGGAGGGGGCCCCCCCGUGCUGCUUAUUUGCAGUUAGUUGUGGGGGGCUUUUUGUUUACCAUAGGGAGCUUUUUGCUGCUGGGGGGCCCCCCUGCAGCAGCAGGCCAGGAGGGGCAGCAGUGGGGGCCCCUGCUGUGGCUGUGGGCUUUUCUGCAGCAGCAGCAGCACGCCCAGCUGCUGCUGCUGCUGCUCCUCACCUCUGCAGCGGGCCUCCUCCUCGCCUUCGGCCUCGCCCGCAGCAGCAGCAGCAGCAGCUGCAGCAGCAGCAGCAGCAGCAGCAGCAGCAGCGGGGAGGCUGCUGCUGCAGCGGGGCGGCUGUGCAGGCUGCGGAAAGUGUUCCAUUUGCUGCUGGUGGGAAAUGUUGCUGUUGUGUCUUUGUGGGGUUCUUUUUCUUUUUUAGUUUUGUGUCUUGGAGUUCUUUUGUGGCUGCUGGCAGCAGCAGAAGUGCUGCGGCUUUCCCGUGUCUUCCCCUUCUUUUCCCGUGCUGCUGCUGCAGCAUAUGGGCCAUUUGUGGGGCCCCGCGAGACCACUGGUCUGGUCCUCACGCCGCUGCUGCUGCUGCUCGGCGUUGCUGCUCCUUUGCUGCUGCCUGCUGCAGCAGCAGGGGCCCCCGGGGGCCCCCCGGCCCUCCUCGGCCUCGUCUUCGCCGGCUGCGGCGAUGCUGCUGCUGCUGCUGUUGGCAGCUGCUGCAGCAGCAGGGCCCCCAGCAGCAGCAGCAAAACGUGCGCGGCCCCGCAAGCCAGUCCAGGCAGCCCUGCUGCUGCCCGCAAGGGCCCCAAGGGCCCCCACGGGGCCCCUGAUAACAGCAGCAGCAGCAGCAGCAGCAGCAGCAGCAGCAGCAGCAGCGGAGGCCCCGAGGGGGCUCCCGAAAGCAACGGCAGCAGCAGCAGCAGCGGAGGCCCCGAGAAGGCCCCCGAAAGCAGCAGCAGCAGCACCACCAGCAACAGCCCCGAGGGGGCCCCCGAAAGCAACAGCAGCAGCAGCAGCAGCAGCAGCAGCAGCAGCAGCAGCAGCAGCAGCAGCAGGGGCCCCCUGGCAACUCUUCGGGGGCUGUUGGCCCCUGAAAAGAGCUUCGCCGGAUUCGCAGCUUUUGUCUUUUGCAGUUUUGUUUCUGGAGGACUUCUUUUCCAUUUGCUGCAAAUGACCUCCAGAGUAAAUGUUGCUGCCUUCGCCGUUGCUGUCUUCGCCGCCGGGCUUUUCGAGGCCAGCACGAGGGACAUCGACAACUUCAACGUGGCGAUGAUUGGCUGCGUUUACUACCAGCUGGUGGCUGGCUUCAUGGGUGCUUAG